AUGCAGAUACUCAACGAGCAGCUGGCUGCACCAUCCACAGGCCUAAUGGUGAAGGAGUCUGCGUCCCCGGGGUCGGGGUCGGGAUCGGCAGGGGGGGCUGCUGAGAAGAUGGGGAGAGGGAGGAUCGAGAUCAAGCGCAUCGAGAACACCACGAACCGGCAGGUCACCUUCUGCAAGCGCCGCAACGGCCUCCUGAAGAAGGCGUACGAGCUCUCGGUGCUCUGCGACGCCGAGGUGGCGCUCAUCGUCUUCUCCGGCCGCGGGCGCCUCUACGAGUACUCCAACAACAGCGUGAAAGCAACCAUUGAGAGAUACAAGAAGGCAACAAGUGACACCUCCAGCGCUGGUACAGUCGCAGAGAUCAAUGCCCAGCACUACCAGCAGGAAUCUGCGAAGCUGAAGCAGCAGAUAACCACCUUGCAGAACUCCAACAGGACUCUAAUAGGCGAUACAAUGGCCACCAUGAGCCACAGAGACCUGAAGCAGCUGGAGGGAAGGCUGGACAAAGGCCUAGGAAAGAUUAGAGCAAGAAAGAACGAAUUACUAUGCGCUGAAAUUGAGUACAUGCAGAGAAGGGAAAUGGAGCUGCAGAAUAACAACUUCUUCUUGAGGGAAAAAGUAGCUGAGACUGAAAGGGGGCAACAGCAGACGUUGAACAUGAUGGGGGCGGCUUCGACAUCGAAUGAGUACGAGCAAAAUAUGAUCCAUUGUGAUCCGAGAACCUUCCUGCAGUUCAACUUCAUGCAGCAGCACCCUCAGUACUGCUCCCAGCAGGAGGACCGAAAAAGUUUCAACUCAGUUGGAAGGUGA